UUCUGCCUCUGCACACUUCUACUGCACCAAAGCUUUUUCAAUAUGAAAUUUAAACAAUAUGAUGUCUGUGAUUUAUUAGGUCGGCAGCGAACUAGUUUCGGUAAAGAUAAGCUCCAGCUACUACAUACGCAUGAUCUCUUUAUACGACAAACCUAUUUCCAUACCUACAACCCAUCUAGUAAGAGAGAGCAUAAUGUAGUUAGUCGUCGACUCCAAGCCAUUCGGCAAUUAAGUCCUUAUAUCUGGAUCUUGGUGGCUACCAGCCUGACAUUCUCCCAUAUAGCACGGCUCAAGGAUUUUGAUGAAUGCAUUAGGAGGAUAGCGGAUUGGAAGGAUAUCCAUCCUAUCCCUGGACACCUAGAAGGAAGGGCUCGUGCUAUAUUAGAAGGACUUGACGAGCAAAGGGACAGAAUAAUUCGGGGUACGACACAAGACUAGGGUGCUGGACCAAGCUAAACACCUAUAGAAGGGCAAGAAAUCGGGAGAAAGGUCAGCCAGAGAAAUGUACCAAAGAUAAAUUGUAUGUGGACUGCACUAUUCUUCUACUCUAUCUACUAAUUUUCAUAGCAUUUCCAAUGCAACUGGAUACAUUCAGCCUUGCUACAAUUCCAAUCAACAACAAAACAGACAAAAAGAUUCAAGAGAAAUGGAGAUUCCUCCAUGCUAUUGAUGCCAUGUGCCAACCCGAUGAAGCCAGCAUCACGCCAGUGAUGAGCGAUGAGCAAUUGAACGGUCUCCUUAUGCAACCAUUUGAGAAACCUAUACUCUGGCGGAACUUUGCUCAGCAGUAUCCUCUUCAUGGCAUACCGAGUUCGAUUUCAGACUUCCUUCAAGAGCUUCGCCAGUUGGAUAUCGAAUUUCUAGAAGUUCAUAACUAUGCUGAAAAGGUUACGAACUACAAACUAUCUAUGGAUGAUAUUGUCCACCAUUUUGAGGCGCUGCCAGAAACUCGGCCCCCGUUAAACUUCCUAGAUAUUCGCAACCAAAUCCUCUCCCGUGUCCCAAUACAUGUAAACAAAGUUGAUCUUCUUCGCUUGGCACUGCGACGACAGAAGGGAUCAGUUGGGAAGGGCAACCCUUUAAGUGCUCUGCUGGACUAUGCAGACCAUGAAUUCUUUCUCCUAUCCAGCAGACACUCGAUAUCGCCUCUCCAUGUGGAUACUGCGGGACAGCUAACAUAUAUUAUUGGCAUCUCCGGCUGUAAGACUUGGUACCUACCUCGCAAGCUGACCACUAAAACCUACGAGAUUCUUGCAACAUUUGGAAGCUCGAUCCCAGAGACAUAUUCUGACGGCUGGGUGAAGAUAGAUAUUAUGCCUGGAGAUCUACUAAUCAUGCCACCUGGAUGUCCACAUGCAGUCUUCACACCUGAGCACUCUCUCACCUUUGGGGGAAACUUUUAUACCCUACCGCAUCUUGGGUCCAGUCUCCGGGUACUGGCUUUACAGGCGAAGUUUAACUUUGUUUUCAGUAAUGAAUCUAUAACGAAACAAGAUUAUUUGAACUUCCUUGUUAUGUUGGAGGCAUGUAAGGAUACAAUGGACUCUCAGCAAAUGGCAAGCGUUGCUUCAAGUGGUAUAGGAUGGGGGAUUACAGAUCAGCAUCAAACCCGGAAGGCUGUGUCCAAUAUUCGUUGGGAUGGACAGGAUUUCUGGGCGCUACAACAGAAAUUACGACUAUUGAUCUGGGACAUACAAACCAAAGGACAAGCAAAGUUUGACUAGGAGUUUCGGUUCUAGACUAGACCUUCAGCCACUGGACAAUAAAACAUUGAGUGUGAAUCAGAGGAAUUCUAGGGCGGCAGAGACAAGUGAGUAGUACAAGUACAGACUCA